AUGGAUUCUAACCUCACAGAUGACGAAAUCCUGUCACUAUUCUGUGCCCUUUAUCAUUAUUGGCUUAAUUCAUUUGACUACGGUUUUUUAAGCCAGAAAAAAGAAAUCGAAUUCAAAGUUGAACUGCGAGGUUCACGAAUAAAAUCCCUUCCAAAAGUCAAAAACGUAAUGAGAGACGGUGAUCUGGAUAACGUCGUUUAUUGGUUAUUCUGGUUUCUUAAGUCCAAGUACAGCUAUUUUACUGACCCGUUACGACGGCAUAAACGUUGUUCCAUCGUCAUGAGCCGCUUGUCACCAAAGAGACCAAACAGUCUAGCUUUGCAACAAAGUCACAGCGACGCCUUCGUUAGUGGACACUUUAACAAGAGAAGACUGUCACUCACUUGGUUUGACCUAAUGCCUGAAUGUUCAUGGAAAAGAGUGAAGCUGAAUAGAAGAAUUAGAAAAUCUCAGUUUAUUCGCUUGGCUUUAGUUGCUUUGGUAAUUAUUGUUCUGACAGCACACAAACUGCCAAGAACACAGUUGCAGUCCUCUAGGGGCAUUUGCAGUAAUAGUAGCAAGUAUAAAAUAUAUGUGAAAGGAAAGCGUGUUUGUAAUAGUGAACGAAUUCAGAGCAGCAAAUAUUUUACUUACCAACCUCCUGGGGGUGGCUGGAACAACCAAAGAAUUGCCUUUGAAAAUGCCGUUAUCAUGGCUAAGCUUCUAAAUAGAACACUCAUCGUUCAUCCAAUGGCACCCCAUCAAGAGAUAGUACGUUUGAAAAAGUUUUAUCUUUUCRAUUUAGGCCACCAAGUAUACAACAGAGUAUCAUCCAAAAGACUAUUACCGCUGUCUAAGGUGAUAGAUCUCAGUCGGUUGUCAAAACUUUUACCAGUCAAAGAAAUUUUCACCAAUCACACAACAUUUAUUCAGGAUAAUCAGCAUUUGUCUUGGUAUCGAGUGUGUCAUAAUGGAUUUCAAGGAUUGUGGGUGGAUUCUUUACCAUCAAACCGAAAUAUAAAAGCAUGGAAUGCGCUGAAGCAACGAGCAAACGAUAUGCAGUUGCAUAAACUUAAGACUAUACCUACAUACCGUAGAAGUUGUAAGGCUGACAUGGCACUGUAUUCAUCUAAUGCUAACAAUACCCCUUUUUGGGGAAUCUUGGAUGAGUUGUCGCAGCGCACUGAAAAUAUUAUCUACUUUGAGGAAGGAUCAAUGUUUUUUCGUCAAAUGCUUUUUCUUGAUAAAAAGAGAACACUAGACGCGCACAAAUGGUUAAUAAAAUUUAUUACAUUUGCAUCUCCAAUUUGGAAACGCUUAAGAAACAUCCAAAGUCAAAUAGGAUUUCCCUUUAAUGCUAUGCACGUUCGCCGCACCGACCACCCGACCAGCCAACAUAUCUCACCAGAUAACUGGCUUAAUUUGCUAAACAAGCGCGGUGCCUUAAAUAUCACUUCGAAACUUUAUGUUGCAACUGAUGAAAAGAAUCUGACAUGGUUUACUCCUUUCAGAAAAGCUGGUUAUGAUUUGAUGUUUGCUAAAGAUUUCAUGGAAGAACUAACCCCACACAGUAACAAAAGCAAUGCUAAUUUACUGGAUAUCAUUGGAUUGACGGAGCAGCUGAUUUGUGCCCAUGCAUACCACUUUGUAGGUUCUUAUUAUUCAACAUUUAGUUUGUAUAUAAAAAGACUUCGAAAGUAUAAUUCAUGGAAGGGACAAUUGCUAGCCUUUCCGUAUUCUCCAGUGACGUGGGUUGAUAUCAAGAGCCAAUAACCCACAUGGAGCAAAUUAAUACAUGGACAUUUGAACCGACUGACUUGGUUUAGCAUAAACAAAUUAGUUGCAGCUCAGCCAACCAGAACUCACGAUUUGUAAUCAUGUGACAAAAUAGUUAGCAUAAUACAUGGUAGUAGACACUAA